AUGGCUCCUGGUGACUUGAUCACACGGCACCGCGACCUCUGCUUGGGGGCUGCUUACACGACGGUGCCCUGGGGCGGGGAUACCAGGUCCCGGCGAGGGGACCGCCCUGGAGGCUCCCGGCCGGUCCCCGCUGUAACCUGUGGCCCCCUCGCCCCGCAGCAGUACAGCCGGCUCAACUCCUCCAGCCAGACCAACAGCCUCAAGGACCUGCUGCAGAGCAAGAUCGACGACCUGGAGAGGCAGGUGCUGUCCAGGGUGAACUCGCUGGAGGAGGGCAAGGGGGGCCCCAAGAACGACACGGAGGAGAGGGUCAAGAUCGAGAGCGCCCUGACCUCGCUGCACCAGCGCAUCAGCGAGCUGGAGAAAGGCCAGAAGGACAGCCGCCCCGGGGACAAGUUCCAGCUCACGUUCCCGCUGCGGACCAACUACAUGUACGCCAAGGUGAAGAGGAGCCUGCCCGAGAUGUACGCCUUCACCGUGUGCAUGUGGCUCAAGUCCAGCGCCGCGCCCGGCGUGGGCACGCCCUUCACCGACGCGGUGCCCGGCCAGGCCAACGAGCUGGUCCUCAUCGAGUGGGGCAACAACCCCAUGGAGAUCCUGAUCAACGACCAGGUGGCCAAGCUGCCCUUCGUCAUCAACGACGGGAAGUGGCACCACAUCUGCGUCACCUGGACCACCCGGGACGGGGUCUGGGAGGCCUACCAGGACGGCACCCAGGGUGGCAACGGCGAGAACCUGGCGCCCUAUCACCCCAUCAAGCCCCAAGGCGUGCUGGUGCUGGGCCAGGAGCAGGACACCCUGGGUGGCGGGUUUGAUGCCACCCAGGCGUUCGUGGGCGAGCUGGCGCACUUCAACAUCUGGGACCGCAAGCUGACCCCCGGCGAGGUGUACAACCUGGCCACCUGCAGCUCCAAGGCCCUGGCCGGCAAUGUCAUCGCCUGGGCCGAGCCCCACAUCGAGAUCUUCGGGGGCGCCACCAAGUGGACAUUCGAGGCCUGUCCCGCCUGA